CUAAGCGAGCAAGCGAGCAAGCGAGCCAGCAAGCAAAUUUUCAUGGUUUCUUCAAACUUUGACCGAGUUCAGCGUCUGAUAUCAUCAUUGCUCGCUGUUUCUCUUUGGAAAAAAAAGUCUAGAUUUUUCUCGGAAAAAAAAAUUGGAAUAGUAAUGCAGACUAUUAAGCAAUUUUUUGCAGAAUCUGCCAGUAAGUUUUCAUCUGUUGUGCUUCUCUGUUUUUUUAAGGCGAUAGAAUUCUAAUGGGGAUCAAGCGCACAAGGAGUUGUCCAGAAUAUGAAAGUGCAGGCAAACUUUCCGCCCCUCCAGGUUUUGCAUCUCUGACAUCCUUUAAGUUGAGGAAAGUAGAAAGUGAGGAACCAACUUCCAUGGCCUUUGCAAGUGCAUCUAAUGGAAAUCCAAUCGAGAUGGAUUCAGCUUCCAAUGCUAUUGAUGUUGCAUCAUUGAAAAGAUCUUUCUGUUACAGACCAUGGAUUCUUGACAAUCAGAAAAAUCACAAUCACAAUCAAGAGAAAUCUGACACUGAACAAGUUGUCAUGGGUAUUUCUUUAAGAACCAGCCUUCCAAAAGGGGUUGCCCGUGGAUGCCCAGACUGUAGUAAUUGUGUGAAGGUAACGGCAAGGUGGCUUCCCAAAGAUGCAAGAAACAAUGUCCUUGAAGAGGCUCCUGUUUUUCAUCCAACUGAAGAGGAAUUUGAAGACACAUUGAAGUAUAUUGCAAGUAUUCAUCCCAGAAUGGAGGCAUUUGGAAUUUGUCGCAUUGUUCCUCCUCCUUCAUGGCACCACCCUUGCCUUAUGGAGGAAAAGGAAAUUUGGAGAAAUUCUAAGUUUGUUGCACAAAUUCAACGGAUAGAUGGACUUCAAAAUCAAUAUGGAGAGGGUCAAAUGGAUAGAACUUGUGAAAAUGGAAGCUGUGAGAGCAGCAGCCUUAGAAUGGAUGGUCUUGACGGUGUUGGAUGCUAUGACGUUGAAGGUUUUGAAUCUGAAAGUGGUCCAGAAUUUACUCUUGAAACUUUCCACAAAUAUGCUGACAAUUUCAAGAGCCAAUACUUUUGUGCUAGAAGUGAGGUUGUGGGCUCAGAUGUGGAUUCCACUCUGGAUCAAGAGAGGUGGGAACCAUCCUUGGAAAAUAUUGAGGGUGAGUAUAGACGAAUUAUUGAGAAUCCUACUGAGGAAAUUGAGGUGCUUUAUGGAGGGGGCCUGGACAGUGAAGUUUUUCUCGGUGGAUUUCCUUCCAGAUCCAGCUUCUCUAAGAUACUUGAUUAUUAUGAAUACUUGAAUUCAGGCUGGAACUUAAAUAAUACACCUGGGCUUUCGGGUUCUCUUCUUUCAUUUGAAAGCUUUAGAACUUGUGGUUCUCAAGUGCCUAAAGUAAGAGUAGGAAUGUGCUUCUCAUCAUUUUGUUGGUUGAUUUUUGAAAAACAGAAAGUUGAAGAGCACCACUUAUAUGCACUCUGUUACAUGCAUCUGGGUGCCCCUAAAAUAUGGUAUGGCAUCCCCGGGAGGCAUAACGUUAAGUUUAAGGCUCUUUUGAAGAAACAUCUUCCAGAUUUGUUAGUGGUUGAACCUAAAUUGCGGGAUAGGCUGGCCAAUAAACUGUAUCCAUCUGCAGUGAAGUCUGAGGGUAUACCUGUUUAUCGUUGCAUUCAGUAUCCUGGGGAGUUUGUUCUCAUCCUUCCAGGAGCAUAUUAUUCGGGAUUUGAUUGUGGGUUUAACUGUGUUGAAGCAGUAAAUGUUGCUCCAAUUGAGUGGUUGCCAUAUGGGCAGAACGUUGUAGAACUCUAUUGUGAACAGGGGAAAAAGACAUCCAUUUCCCAUGAUAAGUUAUUGCUAGGUGCAGUUAGGAAAGCUGUUAAGGCACAGUGGGAAAUUUCACUAUUGAAGAAGAAUAGUGAAGAUAAUUUAAGAUGGAAAGAUGCAUGUGGAAAGGAUGGUAUCCUAGCAAAAGCACUCAAGUCGCGAAUAAAGUUGGAAGGCAAUAGAAGGGAUUACCUUUGCACCUCUUUGCAUUCACAGAGGAUGGACAAAAAAUUUGAUGCAACAAGCAAAAGAGAAUGCAGCAUAUGUUUCUACGAUUUGCACCUUUCUGCAGUUGGGUGCCAAUGUUCCGCAGACAGAUACACGUGUCUUAAUCAUUCAAAGCAGCUAUGCUCCUGUGCUUGGAGUCAAAAGAUCUUUCUAUUCCGUUAUGAAAUAAGCGAGUUAAAUACUCUUCUUGAAGCCGUGGAAGGAAAACUAAGUGCAGUAUACAAAUGUGCGAGGGAGAUUCUUAAACUCUCUGUGUACUGCGAUAGCUCUGAAGAUAAUUCACAAGCACCAAGAAGGGGUAUUGGUGGUCUAAGUUCUCACAUAAAUGAAUCAGAAGAGAAAGAGCAUGAGGCCCGACGAAAUUCAGCAACAUCCAGUAGUAACUUUUCAAGCCUCAGGGAAGAAUUAAAGGCACGCCUGCUUCAAACAAGAUCCUUGAACAUGCAAAAUCCAAAGCAGAACAUGACAGACUCUACAUUUGUUACGAGUGCUGCUCCGGAUGGUUCAUUUUUAGCAUCAAAAUCUGGAAGUACAAGUGUCUCAAGUUCCUCAGAGUCGGGGACAUCCUAGAAUUGCAAAUAGCUUGUCAAAAAUGAUUGCUCUUUUUGUUCCCAUCUCAAAUAUUGAACUAUGUCAUCCUGGAAAGAAAAAUGUACAGGGUUUCUCUAGGAAGCACCAUGAGCUACAUGCUUCAUAUGAAGGAGGCUGAAGCAAAUUGGCUUCUGAGAUUCAAAAGUUUUCCUCUUUGGUUAAGUGUACAGAGGAAUCAAAGUAGACUAGAUAUGCAGAUCAGUGUAUUAACAGUUGUGCAUUAGUAGUCCCAAAGUAUCAUUUCAUACUAAAAUAGAGACAUAGUCUUUUCAGGGGGGGAAUGGUUUAAUGUCGUAUGCUUAUUCUCUUUUCACAAUGUCUCGCGCUCUCUCUAUAUGUGCAAUUAGCUCUGGCUAAGGAAUCAAAUGCAAGACAUGGUCUCGGAGCUGACUCCAAACUGAAGCUCAUUGGUCUUUAUUCUCUUAUUUAUUUUUUGUUUCUACUAGGAUAUGUUGGACGGCGUAGUUUUGCUGAGCUAGCCUCUGGUAGAGGUAUACAUGUGGUCAUGCUUAGAUUGUCAAAACGGAACCAUAGUCCUAUCCCAUGACGAAGGUGUGUUUCAUUCUUCAUUUUCCUUGAUUGUUCAUAUUUAGUUGUUAGCUUGCGCAAUCAAUUUCAGAAAUGAAUGCACAGUUUAUGGUAACUCUUAUUUCAUGGUAUCCCUUUCGUUUGCUCCAAAUAAAUAGUAAUAUACUUUUAAUUGGGCCUAAUCUCAUCGUCAAGCACUUGAGUUUUAAUUUUUAUCUGUUAUUGGAAUUAUUUAUAGUUCAUAUGCAUUUCAGAAAAAUUCCUGUACUAUUUAUUAUCAGUAGGGAAGCUUUAAUAUUUUUGCGGCUCACUCGGCCCAGUUUUCUCCGUGUGAGGUGGCAUUUGUUUGGGUAGAAGAGGGGCAACUUUGCAAGAAAAUAAUCUUUAGAUGAUGGGAUACACUGAUCGGAAUGGCUUAAAAUGAGGCACAGAAUGCCAAAAUUCUGUCACUAUUGACAAAAUGACACAAUGUCCCCAUCUGAAUAAAAAUACAAACAACUCGACCACUUUACGUACCGAAUAUUAGACGCAUAUUCAUUUGACAAUGUCAAUGAUUGAGCAGUAGAAGUACAAAAGAUCCCCCCCCCCCCAUGGGGUAAAUUCAAGUUGUAGCCAAAAGAAUUAACCUUAAGAAAAAAAUAUAUAUAUCACUAGAGAAAAGAGAGAAAAAAAAAAGUUGCAGAUCAAAGACCAGCCGAAACUAAUCCAUGCAGUGUAACAAUGCCAAUCACGAUGUUUUGAUGAUUGAUCACAGGCAAAAACUGUACAGGGGAUGGUGGUGAUUCCAUCUUCUUCAUGGCGUCCACGGCCAUUGCAUCUUGACCAAUUGUUCUUGGGUUCCUGUAGCAGCAAAAUAUGUAAUAAGAAUCAGGUAAUGUUACCACAACCCUCCCCAUCCUUCACUCCCUCUCCCUAGUUCCAAUCUAUCAUAAUUUGCUGCAUUGGCGGAGGAGAGAGAAAAGAAAGACGAUCUUGAAAGCAUUUGCCAUAUGUACACAACUUUUAUUGAGCCUAAGUAUUAGGCAUCUGAUUAAGCUUGCCUAGCGCCUUUUCUUUUAAAUUACUCUUAAUCAAGCCAGCCUAUGACCAAAAGUUCCAGAAAUAAUCCUAUAUAAAGUAAAAAAAUUCAUAUUUUCUUUAUUUUACCUGUUGCACAUUUCCCCCACUGUGAGCUUAAAGAUGCCUUCCCCACUAGCUUUGAGAGUGCGCCUAAGGUCACCAUCUGUAAAAGUUCCAAUCAGGUGAUACUCUUCAUCUAUGACAAGCAGGCAUCCACAACCUUUACUUGUUAGCUCAACUAGCUGAUCCAUUAUCAUAUCUCCUUCCCUGCAGACUGGAAGUUCAUCUUGCUUCUUCAUAACAUCUUUUACCU